GGAAGUUGAGUGCAGAUUUGUAACGUCACUUCCGAUAGUCGGAUGUUUUUUUUUUCUCCCUUUGUGAGCUAAAUUAGCUCACUUUUUUCACUUGAUAGUGUUUCACCGCUUUACUGAUAUUGUUAACAUCCCUGUAACGAGAAGAAGACAGUGAAAUAGGUGCACUGAGGAAUAACAGAUCAAACAGCCAAUCAGCAGCAGCAGCAUGUCUGCAGAACUGGACCUGUCUCCUCCAGAGGUCCCUGAGCCCACCUUUCUAGAGAGCCUACUGCGCUAUGGGCUGUUUCUAGGUGCCAUCUUCCAGCUCAUCUGCAUCCUGGCUGUCAUCGUCCCCACAUCUAAGGGACAUGAACAGGAGGAGACUGAGUCCACUGAUGGCAAGGCCACUGAACAGAUGAAGAAACCUAAAGGACCGGCACUUCAGAUUCGACAGAAACCAAAGAAAGAGAGCAAAAAGAAGCGAUAGGUGUGUGUGUGUGUGUGUGUGUGUGUGUGUGUGUGUGUGUGUGUGUGUGUGUGUGUGUGUGUGUGUGUGUGUGUGUGUGUGUGUGUGUGUGUGUGUGGUCAUCAGUGAGUCAACAUUGGCAGUUACCAAUACAAGUACCACUACAGGUAUAUGAAACACUAAUGUCAUAUUAUGACAAUAAAAAAUGAUGAGCAUUUAAUUUGAGACACUUGAAUUACCUUGAACUGUGUGUCCUUCACAUUCAACACAGUAUUACAAAGAGCAAAUUGUCAUACCGUUAGCUGAUUGUUUAUGCAGCUACAUAUUUUAUUGGGUAUUUGUUUUGAAUGUAUUUACUUUUAUAAUUGAAUAUGAUUGAUUGAAUCGUAUUUGGAUUUCAACAUACAAAUAAAUGCAUUAUGUAGUCAUUUA